AUGCAGGUCAAAUGGAUUGACCGUAAACGAGUCACCCGCGAUUUCAAGAAGCUGCUUUACCGCUUGAACCGAAAGGACUACCAAGAAGCUCUUGAGACCAUCUCUAAAGGCAUCACGAGCCUGGAGGGUCUCACGCAGCAGAGCAGCUUCUAUCGAGCUCUUUGCUCGAGUAUUCUUUGCACCGACUCUCACGAUGUCAGUCUUGAGCUGGCGACACGAUUCAUCGAAGUCGGACAUGAGUGCGACGUUGAAAAGAUCGUCCAGGAUGCUCAGUUCAAACUAGCCAUUUCUUUCCAAGUUGUCAAAGGCCCGACGAGCAAGGUGUUCUGGGGUGAAGUCAGCAUCAAGGCCAUGUCUUUAUCAACGACCAAUCCGUCCGCGCCAUGUGUUUUGGCUGCAAAGUCGAAGAGUGCGAAGCGCGUCUCCUUCGGCGUUAAUCAGGCUCUAUCUCGCUUAAGUCUUAUGGAACCUGCUACGGAGCUCAACGUGAAGACGGUCAUGGCUAUCUUGACUCGGCCUGCUACCGAUUUUGCAUACAUCAAAUAUCCUGAAGAAAGCAGUGGCAUGCAAACAAUAAGCCCCAUAGACCUUUGUCUGACCCUGAAAAAGGCGCAUCAGGAGAGACCUGCUUAUUACGGCCACUUGAUUGACAAGGAAUACAACUACCGUCACUUCCAGGUAUGCCCGCUGGGGCCGGUGAUUAACAGCGAUGGUUGGUCGAUCGUGACGCUUGAAGAUGUUCUUGGGGGUAAGCGCGGUCUUCGGCCAUUGAUAUCUUUGGCGGAGAAGGUCAGACUGGCACUGGUCAUCGCCUCCAGCGUACUCCAGCUGAGCAAGACGCCCUGGCUUCCCGAGGCUCUAACGCCAAAAAAUGUACAUUUCUUCAGGCGGGGAAACACGCUAUCGUACGAACAUCCUUUCUUACAGAGGAGGUUGCCCGAGUAUCCACUCAAGCGCCUCAAUAGCACCGCGGACACCAUGGGCUACUCUUUGUCGAGCAACCCAACGCUGCUUGCACUCGGCAUGCUGUUGCUAGAGAUUAUUCUUGGCUCUUCGCUUAAAAAGCUACGGCUGCCAGAUGAGAAAGGUCUUGAUGAUGAUGGCCUGAUCCAGGACCUGACUGUUGCAAAUCGGAUGCUGGAGCAGAGAGUGUCCUUGAUCGACCCGGCUUAUAAGACAGUAGUCGAACGGUGUAUAGGAUGUACAGAGUCUAAAGAGCUCGAUGAGGAUGACUUUCGGCAUACAGUGUAUAAUGGUGUUGUGAUGGAGCUGGAAGCCAUCUGGGACUAUACAAAGCUUUUGAUAUAA